CUCUACCAUGGUAACAGCGUCACUCGCCGGCUGACUGAAGUGCUGGUGAAUCCCCGGGCCCGGUGGAGAGGAUCCGCCUCAUGAAGGAUGUUGGUCCAAUUGUGUUGGUACUUUUACUGCACAUGUCUGUGGCGUUUUCUCAAGUUUGCCUUGAGAAAAAUAACUGGAAAAUGUGAGUUGCAGAGAAUCUGCUACAGCAGAAAGCCUGGAGCUCAAAGGACACUGAAAAUAGAAUCAUCAUUAAAAUCCUCCAGGAAUGAAGUACUCCAGUCUGCUGUUCUUGCCCAUAUGGAUGAUAUAGAAAAGACUGUUGAUAACAUAAUGCAGCUGAAAAAGAUUAAUCCUGACACCAAUCCACAGUUUGGGAUUUCUCUGCAGGCCUGUCUCCUACAGAUUGUAGGAUAUACAAGAUUGAUUGCAGAAGUGGAAAAACUCCGCAAAGAUCAAUAUGAUUCAGAAAAUCCACAUCAUGAAGAAAUGCUGUUGAAGCUGUGGACCUUCCUUCGUCCUGAUGUAACAUUGGAUGGUCGAAUUAGUAAGCAGUGGUGUGAAAUAGGUUUCCAAGGUGAUGACCCAAAGACGGACUUCAGAGGAAUGGGGAUGUUGGGGUUACAUAAUUUGGUAUAUUUUGCUGAACAUGACAAUGCAACUGCUCGCCGAGUUCUCUUUGAUUCUCACCAGCCAAAAUACAGGGAACUAACUAAAGAAGAUGUAAGCAAAUUGAAUAAAAAAGAGUUGGAAAAGAAAAAGUUUGAUCAGGCAAUUGGGUUUUCAUUUGCUAUAGUGGGGAUUAAUAUCACUGACCUUGCGUAUUCUCUGCUUAUAAGUGGAUCAUUGAAGACCCAUUUAUAUAAUGUUGCUCCUGAAGCACCAUCACUCUUUGACUUCUACAAAGUUUUCUGCUACCUGAUGCAUGAGUUUCACAAGUUCUGGAUUGAAGAGGAUCCUCUUGAUAUAAUGGAAUUUAAUCGUGUUCGAGAGAAGUUCCACAAGCGGAUUAUAAAGCAGCUUCAGAACCCAGAUAUGACCCUAUGCCCCCAUUUUGCAGCCUCGGAGAGUCUAAUGAAUCUGUAGAUCGUCUUCCCGUUAGUCAUAUUACUGCCUCACUUCUGUACUUGUCUGUGAGCUGAUUUUAAGAAACUGAAUUUAAAUCACAGCAUUGAUCACGACCAGCAUAUCUGAUGACCAUGGUGACUAUGCAUGCUUUGUUUUAAGUAUAACAGUUCUCUAUCUGGAACAGUAAAAGUACUGCAUAUGCUAUACAUUCACAUGAACAAUGGAGAUAUUCUCCAUAAACACUUGCUCAUAUUGUGGCAGCAUGGAGUGUUACAUUUUAAUCAUUUGAAGAAACUUUCAAUGUUUUCAUACAUUAACUCUCAUAUGUUGCUCUUCUCUCAUUGUGUUUUGAAAUGUUGUGAUCUGUAGUUCUGUAAAGCCCUUUAGUUUGAAAACUUAUCAUGAUUUGCACAAAAUUACAAACAAUAUUUAUUGUGGAAGAAUGUAUUUUGAUCAAAGAAAUUGCAGAUUUGCAUAAGUACACACCGUAAUAUCAUUUUAUGGGAUUUAACUAUAUAUUUGGUAACUUUAACUUCCCAGCAAAUAUAUUUGGGUAAGUUUAUUUAUAUUGUACUUCAGUUUAAGUACAAAUUAGAGCAAAUAUCUUUUUUAACAGAUUUGUUUUGAAAGUUUGGUGGCAAAUAGCUUGGACUAUCUGCUCAAUAUCCUGAGGGUUAUUUGUUCUCAACAUAAAAUGUAAUAUGCAGCUUGGUACUGUGUGAUGUUAUUAAUCCUACUUACUGAUUCAUAGAAUAGCUAUUGAAGCAUGUGAAUAUGCAGUAGAUUGCACACAUUUGGCUUUAAGUGCAUUCUUGGACUAUUACACAGGUAUUUUUGUGAGUUAUCACACCAGUGCCAUAUCUAAUUUAGAAACAUUAUGUCUGGUUGAAGAGGGAUAAACUUUUUUUUAGCUUUGUUAAUCCCUGCUAUGACAUGUACAUGAAAACAAAAAUGUUACUGUUUACGAAACAAUAGUUGGUGAAUCUAUAGUUAAAAUAUUGUAGUUUAUUAAGUCUCUUAAAGGGGCAUCACCUACAUGAAAAUGUAUUUCUUAACCAAAACAAAUAUAAAAAUACAUUGUAUUUAAUUGCAACAACAUGCCACUGGUGCAUAUCAUAUUAAAAAUGAUGCAUGUUUUUUUUCUUCUUAACCACCAAACAAAUCUUUGAUUAAUUAAAUUGAUGAUCCUCAAAUUGCUUAUAGCUUAGUUUUUAAACUCUAGGCUUAUUCUCUAAUAUCUCAUCUUCUCUCCCCCACCACCCCAAAAUUUGAAGUUUAAGAGCAUACUUGAGCAUACUAGAUUUUAAUGUUUUUAAUUCGAAUAUGAUAAUGUUAUUGUAAUCAUAGGAUCCUCCAGAUUUUGUUUAAAAAAAGAUUCCAAAUGUUUGGAGUUGUAACUUUUAACAUUGCCUUACUAAUGGUAAGGAUCCGUGUAUUUAUUGUGUUGGUUUGUUCAGAAUAUUCUGAAAUUAGUAAGAAGAGUAUUAAUCAUGUACAUAUUUAUUAAUUAUCAAAUUUAUUUGCCUGCAAUCAAUGAAAGUUUUGCAAGUUACCCACGUCUACCUACCUAAAUUUUUUUCUCCUCUGCCAUGAGUAAAAUAUCUAAAAGGAAAAUUCCUAAAUUUAUCCUUUGUAGUAAAUGUUGAAUUUACUUCAUAAUGCUUGCUUUUUACUCCUAGAUGUUUAGUUUAUAGGAAUGUGUGGAAAAUGUGAAUUUAUUAAUUUUGGCAGGAAUAAUAAAGAAGCAUAUUAUCCAAAUGGUGAGAGAUUGCAGAGCUUUAAAUUCAACGGGACCAGAGUGUCAUAAGCCAUAAUUCUCAAAAGGCUGAUAUGCAGCUACAGCAAGUAAAUAGGAAUGAUUUUAGAACUGUUCAUUGCAAGGGAAUUGAAAUAUAAAGGUAGUUUCAGUUACCAAUGUGGUACAUUGGUAAGACCACUUCUGAGUACAUUAUUGAUCUCCUUAAGGAAGGACAUUAAUGCAUUGGUUGCAGUUUGGUGAAAUUCUGAGGGGUCUUUAUAAAGUGAGAAAAUGUAUUGAUAAAUUGUAUUGAUAAAAUAUACAGAAGAUAUCUCGGUUCUGCAAUUUCUCACCAUUUAUAUAAUAUGAUUUUUCAUUCAUCCUUCCAAACGGACAAGUUCACAUCUCUCAUUUUUAAUCAGUGAGCCCUGGUUCUAGAUUCUCCCACAAGAGGAAACUUUCUCUCCAUGUCCACCCAGUCAGAUGCAUUUGUCAGAUCUAUGCCCACUCACUUAUCCUUAUCCCUUUGCAACUGCUUUACAUCCUCUUCGCAAGUUAUUUUCCUAUUUCAUGUCUUUGGCAAAUUUAGCAGCCAUGCCUUCGUCCAAAUCAUUUACAUUAAGUGUAAAAUGUAGAGGCCUGAGUACUAAUUCCUGUGGUACACCACUUGUUACAUCUUGCCAGCUAGAAUGGACCCAGUUGUGCCUAUUCAUUGUUUCCUGUAAGGCAGCCAAUCUUCUAUCCAAGCCAAUAUGUGAGCUUUUACUUUCCACAGUAACCAUUAAUACACCUUCUUAUCGUAUGCCUCCUGCAAAUCUCAUAGUAUCCACUGGUUCCCUUUAUCCAUAGCACAUCUGACUUAGAAGAAUUCCAAUGAAUUGAUCAAACAUGAUUUCUCUUUCACAAAACCACACUGGCUUGCCUUAUUAACUUGAAUUUUCCUAAGUGCCCUACUAUAAUGUCUUUAAUUAAAAACUUCUAAUAUUUCAAUAAUGACAGACGUUAAGUGGCCUGUAGUUUAUGCUUUGUUUUCUUUUUUGAAUAGAGAAGUUAUUUAUUAUUUUCCAAUCUAACGGAAUGAUCUCUGAAUGAAGGGAAUCUUGGAAAAUUAAAACCACUACCAUUUUUAAGAGCUUGGGAUGAAGUCCAUCAGCACCCAGCAGCUUGUCAGGCAACAGCUGUAACAAUUUGCUCUGGAAAACUUCCCGGGUGAUUGAUUGUAAUUUUCCUGAGUUCCUUCCUCUCCUCCAUUUCCCGAUUUUUACAGUUAUUUCUGGAAUGUUACUUGUGUCCUGUUUAGUGCAGACUGAUAGAAAAUACCUGUUUAGUUCAUUUACCAGCUCCUGGUUUUCCAUUAUUAAUUGUCCGGAUUCACGAUUUAUUAGGACCAACACUCACUUUAUUAACUCUUUAUUCUACGCUUAAAUAAUUAUUGCAAUUUUACUAAAUAUGCUCAGGUUACUUUAAUGUCUGGUUAUAGCUCUAUAAUUAAAAAGAAAUACUGCUAUAGUUAAAAUGAUCUGAUGCACUAGAACAGAGCCACAGCAGAUAACCUGCUAUCCACUCUUACAGUUUUAGAAUAAAAUUGCUUCGGAAUCUCUCUUUUAGGACUGAAUACAUCUAAGUGGUUAGAAAAUGACUGAAACAAAUUCUUGCAUAAAUUUAAUAUAAAAUAAAUUUAUAAAUUAGUGAUUGUUUUAGCUGGAAGAUUCUAUAAGUUUAAUGCAGCAAAAGAUAGAGUAAUGAAGUUAAGCCCUAUAGGAACAAUGAGAAAACUAGAGAAGGUAAGGGAAAGGUAAAAUAGGAAAAAGAAUAAAAUCAAUGGUGUAAUCUUAACCUAAUACUGCAGCUGGCUAACAUUGAACAGGGCACCAGUUUACAUUGCACCCAAUUUUGCUGUUGAUUGAUUUCAAUGGCAUAAAACUGAGUGAAGUGUAAUUGCACAAGUUUCCCAUUUGACGGAUUAGUUUAAAAUUGUUCUUCCCCUGAGUACCCAACUCCUCGCAAUGGCAGAUGAGAGAAAUGUAGUUUAAACUCGGUAUACCUGAAUAUCGAGCCAACUGGGCAAUAAUUCGAAGUAUAUUAAAAGAAUAAAAAGAAUUGAGAAAGAAGAAGGAACAGAUUUUAAAAACAAAGUUUUGUUUUUCAGUAAAUGCUCCUGAAUUCUGAUAGUUAAUUUCUAUCACUUUAUUUUCUAAAAUUGUGGCAAAAAAAUUGUUGAAUGAUGUAUUAACUUGAAUAUGUGUCUUUGAACAAUUAACUGAAUUGCAAUUUAGUUCAUCAGUUGUUGUCUCUUGAAUAGCAUUCAUUUCAAGUUGAACUCUGCAACAUUUAAUGAGGGCAAUUUUGGCUGAUCAUGUUUGCCAAACAUUGAUAUUUGUAUAUAUUUAAAUAGAUUGUAAUCUUUAAAGCAUCAAUUUGUUAAUUAUACAUGUAUAUUUUACACUCAGCACCCGCACCUAAAAUGUUUAAAUAAAUAUGUUUAAGUGUACAUUUACUUCUGGACUUGAUAAAGUAUGUUUAUUAAGUUACUGUAUGUGAUUAGUUGUGCAUGAACUUGGAUUUCAUAAUGUGCAAUAGCUUGUUCUAAAUGCUUAGGAAUUUGUAAAAGACAAAAUGUUAUUCUUGAAUUCUGUUUAUUUUUCAAACGGGAAAACCAAGCUACCCCAAGUUGUAUCUAUUAUCUUAAACAUUCUAUUUUCCAUGUAGAAUAAUCUAAAAUCCUUAGUUCAUCACUCAAGUUAAAAAUACUACAUUUAAAUUUUCAUAAAAAAUACAUUGUUUACACAUUUUUUUCUCUCUUUUCCUUUUUAAGGCCCACACCUAGAGGUUCCUACCAUUCUGUUCCGUCAAUUGGAUGGCUUUGUAUUCAUUUUUACUGCCAGUAUGAUCUGCUUGAUAAUAUUCUCUCUUAGUGAAAUAAUUGGAUCCAAAUCUUUUUCUAGUAAAUGAAGGCAUAAUUCUGGCUGACAGUUAAGUGCAAUAAUGUAGUGUACAUUUGUUAGAAGUGUUUCUCUUCAUGUGAUCCAUUAAGUUGUCUGUUCCAGUGCAUCACAGGGAUGAGCUGGGUGGUCAUGGGCAAAUUCUAUGAAAUAUGUUAAUUGAAGAAGACUAGAGGAUUACUAUUAACUUCAUUUCCAUCACAAAAUAAGUUGCCAUUCAUCUCAUUGCUAUUUACAAGCAAGAUGAAACAAUGUAUAUGCAACAGUCACUUAGAUAUUUUGUGCAAUGUGAAAGGCGCUAUGUCAAUGCAAAUUGCUUAUUUCUUCCCCUUGUGCAAUAAAAGAUCUAUUGAAACAGGUGUUCUAAAAAGUAAAAUACAACAGACAGUUGUGAUCUCACUGGAUUUCAAAUCCACAAUUGAUCUACCUCUUACAAGUAAUAAACUACAUUUAUAAUUGCUUCAAUGAUCUCAUAAAAUAACUAAUGUUUUAGUUUAAUGGAUUAAACUAUUUUCUGAUAUUCAAGAGUAACUACACGGAACAGGUAUAAUAUAUACACUGUAUAUAUAAACAAAUUGUACUUUAGGUACUCCCAACAUGUACUCAUAGUAGAAAAAGCAGUUUGCAAAAUUAAUGCUACAGCACCAGUCUAAAAUAAUUAACAUUAGAAUAGCUGUGAAUUUAAUCAUAAAAUUUGAACAACUGUAUUAGUUUAAACUGUCUUGGAGAAUGCAGAGCUGAACAAAACUGCAGAGCUUUGUUACAACAUAUUGGUUAUGUUGAUGUAACACAAUGGUUAAAUGGUGGAAAGUUCAUUUUUUGGCUUAAUUAUAAAUAAAUGCUACUGUACUUAUGAAGUCUUCAAAUUAGAUAAGAUUUUUUUCAGAGCAUCAAGCUUGUUUUUGACAUUAAAUUUGAGAUUGUGUGAUUGGUUCAUUCAAGUAGGAAAAUAUGGUUAUACAGUAUAUGUAUGCUGCUGACUCCAGUGUACAUCUUUUCACCAAUUAAUGCAGGAUUCCAGGAGGACGGAGCUCUACCAUCUUGCCCGAUGAACAGCACACU